AUGGCUGCCCUAAAUAGAAGGCGUCGCACUGCCCAACAAAUUCUCUUGCGACGAGCCUUGAGCAAAAGCGUUGGAAGAGACUGCCCUUCCAUCGAUUUCGUCCAGAACGAGGGUCCUCUGACCGGUGAUCCGCAACAGCUCAAACGAAUUCUGGAGAGAUCGACGUCGAAAUCAGUAAGAAAAGUGAAUAAAAUUUUGGUAGCAAAUUCUUUAAGGAUUUUAGGUGAGAGAAAAACGGCAGAGCAAAAGCAAGGAUAUGAGCUGCAAAAGAAGGAUUCGCGGUCCUGGAGGAAAUUAAAGCCAAGAGAUGAUAAUCCAACAGUCAGCUGUCACAGUAUUAAACUCAAUACAGAUUCCAGGGCCAGUUCACGAUCUCGUCAUAGUUCUACCACGUAUCCUUCCACCUGGCAACUAAAUAUAAAUAAAGCAAAGGAAGAACUUAAAAAAAAUUCUAAGGGAUCUCUGGACGAGAUUAUAAAUUGUUCCAUUCUUAAUCGUACUCCAUAUGAUCACAAGCUUAAUACGCCUAUUAAAUCGGAUAAUUCUUGUCAAUGCUAUCCAAAUAAGAAAGCAAGGAGAAGAGGAAAGAAAAAGAAAUUAGCUUCCUUGAUCCAACCUGCGACAAUCAGUAAAAAUUCACCUAUGGAGGAGGGAAAUUUCCAGAGAAUAAGUUCCACAACGAACAGUAAAGAUUGUGUGGAAUUCAAGAAAUUAAAACAACGGGUCUACAGCGGCGAGGAAUUUAGUCCAGAUCGGAGAAUUUGUAAAACUGCAUCAAAAACCAGUGGAUACUCUAAGGUUUCCUUUAAGUGCAAAGAAAGCUGUCCUGGCUCAUCCUAUAAGGACUAUGGCGGUUACAGUCCCUCGGAAACGGAUAUUGAAAUGCAAGAUGGACGUCUUCAAAAACUGCAAAGUAGAUCUGAAUAUCUUAAUAAAAUAGAAAGGAUAAGCAAACCUCCUCCAGGUGUAAGUAGCAAGUGGAGUCUUAAAUUGCCGAGUAAUACGGAAAUGGAAAAAUACAUUGCCAGAGGUAUACAGGAAAGAUCUCCGGCGCAGCAACCUAAGAAUGUAGAUAAAGAUCGAGGAAUUCAAAGAAAGAUAUCCAAGUGUUAUUGUACAAAUGGGAAGGGAAAAUUCAGCCAAAUCAAAAGUGAUAAAGCCGAAGAUAUAUCAAGCAAGCGUAGUCUUAAUUACAAAAGUGCCUCAACUGAUGCUCUAAUGGGUUCUCCAGUAGAAAGAGCAAGAUAUGAAAGAAAUAGGGAUAAAUUAUCUUCACAAACCAGCUUAUUGUCCUCUGAACAAUUUGUUAAUCGCAUUAAUAAUGCUGAGAGUGAAGAAAGUUUCAGCCAAAGCCAGCGUGAGACCCCAAGCUCACAUCAAAACAAAGUUAUCAUUUGUAGAAGAAAUCCUGAAAGUGGUUAUCAAACCAAUAAAUAUGCGUCUAAGCCAUAUCCUUACUAUGACCAAAGAGCAUACGCUUCAAAUGAUUCAAUUGAUAUAAGAACAAGGCAGGAGGAGAGUCAAACCAAUUACAAACAGAUGGAUAAAAGAGCCUAUAAUAUCAAAGGAUGCCGCUGCCCAAAAUUUGAACCAGGUAUUAAUGUCCUAUUAGUAAUUAGCUUAAAAAUAGACUAACUCAAUCAUUUUUUAAAACAGGUCGAACUCCAAAAAGCCCUUCUGAUAGAGA